AUGGCUCCAGAGCAACAAAAAACUCGGAAAAAUCUCUCCAAGAAACACUUUUGUUACAUCAACUCUGCCUUCAGAGUGUGGGGAGCCAUUACUCUUAUUGUUCUUUGGGCUUUGACAAUUUUCACUAUCCAAAAGCCAAACUACACAAAACAUGUCAUCACUUGGUAUUUAUUAGUUACAUCUAUCAUUGUGACUAUAUUUGAACUGUUAUGGGUUCUAAACAACUUGUCUUGUUUUAGAGAAACUGGUUGCUGUUAUUGCAAAUGUUGGAAAUAUUUCAUGAUGGUUUCUAAUUGGAGAAAAGGUGUUUUAUAUAUUGUAUUGGCUAUUCCAACAUUUUGGAUUGAACAAAAUUACAUUCAAAGUAUUAUUAUAGGAAUAAUGCUGACUGUCAGUGGUGUCUUUUACAUUCUUAUGAGCAUCUUACCUUUAUUCUAUCGAGAAAAGAAAGCAACACCUGAACAAUAUGUGCUGAACCCAACCCCUAAUGUUAAGCUGGUUUCCCAGGAAGUAGCAACACAGACUGACAGUUCAUAUUAUGCCCACAUUUAUCCACCGUCACCUCCACAGUAUGAGGAAAAUGUCGAUACAGUUGCACUUCCACCAGAGCUGAAGUGA